AUGACUGUUGUCAUUGGUUUUGAGGGCAGUGCCAAUAAGAUUGGUAUUGGCAUUAUUAGAGAUGGUCAAGUCCUUUCUAACCCGAGACGGACCUACAUCACCCCUCCGGGUCAUGGUUUCCAACCAAGUGACACCGCCAGACAUCAUCGCUCGGUUAUACUGACUGUUUUAAAGGAAGCUUUGGAGCAAGCAGGAAUAAAGCCUUCAGAGAUCGACUGUGUGGCGUACACUAAAGGUCCUGGCAUGGGCGCCCCCUUGGUUGUGGUGGCUUUGGUCGCUCGGACAGUUGCCCAAUUGUGGGGCAAACCCCUCGUCGGGGUCAACCAUUGCAUCGGGCACAUCGAAAUGGGCCGACUCAUCACUAAAGCCGACAACCCAACCGUGCUUUACGUUAGUGGAGGGAACACGCAGGUCAUUGCGUACUCUGAGCGGCGGUACCGAAUAUUCGGGGAGACUAUCGACAUUGCAGUUGGGAACUGUUUGGAUAGAUUUGCCAGAGUUAUUAAGAUUUCAAACGAUCCCAGUCCGGGCUACAACAUGGAGCAAAUGGCAAAGAAAGGCAAUCAGUACGUGGAGCUGCCAUAUACAGUAAAAGGAAUGGAUGUGUCAUUUUCUGGAAUACUCUCCUACAUUGAGGAUGUUGCUCAUAAAAUGCUAGGAUCCGGUCAGUGUACAGCAGAGGACUUGUGCUUCUCUCUGCAGGAGACUGUCUUCUGUAUGCUCGUGGAAAUUACAGAGCGGGCCAUGGCACACUGCGGCUCCCAAGAGGUUCUCAUCGUCGGUGGCGUUGGAUGUAACCUGCGUCUACAGGAGAUGAUGGGAGUCAUGUGCAAGGAAAGAGGAGCCAAACUUUUUGCCACAGAUGAAAGAUUUUGCAUUGACAAUGGAGCCAUGAUCGCGCAAGCUGGCUGGGAAAUGUUUAGAUCGGGUCAAGUGACUGAGCUGGAAGAUUCGUGGAUCACACAGAGGUACAGAACAGAUGAAGUGGAGGUGACGUGGCGAGACUGA